GGACUGACAAGACGACGUGGUGGCGGUGGAGCAGCACCAGAGACGACAGACCAACCCCCCUCUUCAUCCCAGAACGGCUCCUUAUCGUCCACGUCUACCCCUACACUCAGCACAGCGAACGGCUAUGGCGGAACAGCACUCGAAGGAAGCAGCAAGGUCGCAUACGACCCGCGCGACCUGGACACGACCAACGAGGAGAAUAAGCUGCCAAAACUUACUAUCCUAGAAGAAGUCCUCCUCCUGGGACUGAAGGACAAACAGGGAUACCUAUCAUUCUGGAACGACAACAUCUCCUAUGCCCUUCGGGGCUGUAUCAUGAUCGAACUCGCACUACGAAAACGGAUCGCCAUGGUCAAGGACUCAAAUAGGCGACGAUACCCUCUGCCGGAUCGCUUGGUCGAAGUCGUCGAUGAUCGUUUGACAGGAGAGACCAUCCUUGACGAAGCACUCAAGAUGAUCAAGUCCUCCGAGAAGAUGGGUGUAGGUUCCUGGAUCGACCUCUUAAGCGGCGAGACGUGGAACGUGAUGAAGAUCGGAUUCCAGCUAAAGCAAGUCCGCGAACGACUAAUGAAAGGUCUCGUAGACAAAGGCGUUCUCCGAACCGAGAAACGCAAUUUCCUCCUAUUCGACAUGGCCACGCACCCUGUAGCAGACGCACGAACAAAGGAGGAUGUCGUCUCCCGGGUCGUCGCGCUUCUCACCAUGCGAACCGCAGCCAUCCCAUCCCAGGCGCUGCACAAAGAAGGCAUCCAAGACCGGUACACACGCGCAGUCUGCGUCGCAUGCGCGAGCUAUGCCGCCUCGGUGCUGGAAAACGCGCUCCAGAGACUGUCUUUCGACGCGCGCGAAGCCGCAUUCGCACGGUGUGACGAUAUCCUCGCCGAGUUCAGCACUUGGCCGUUCGGUUCGGCCCGGACCGAAUCCACCGGGCGGAAGAGGGAGGGCCAGGGCGCGGGGUCAGAGAGCCUUGCUGGCCUAGUGCGAGAAGUGAAGAAGGAGAUGGCCGAGCCCGAGGAUUUGCAUUUUGAGGUCGUGGCCACUGUCCUGGAGGUGUUUGGUCGCAUGGACAGUCUCCUUUGA